GUUCCUUUCUUUCCUCUUCCUCUUCGUUCCUCUCCUCAGACCUGACCUACCCACGCUCCAAUCCGACCGCUGUGGCCUGUGGCGCCCACCGCCGACGCCUCACCCCCCACAAACCCUCCGUCUCUCACGUACUUCGCCACCGCCCGCCGGCCACCGCAGUCUGCCGCCACCGCCUUCUAACAAGAUCCUGGAGUUCCCCCUUUCCCUCACCUAGCUAGACGCGGCCGGCGGCUGUCCCCGCGCCCUCGCCGUCGCCGGCAAUCGACGACUCCCUGUCAGGCCGUACGCCGUCGUCGUACCUGGCUACCCGAUUCGGCGGUUCCCAGUGGUCGCUGGCAAGUCCCCCAUCGGACAGCUUGUCCAAGAUGCCAAAUGGAGAGAACAAGUUGUUUAAGAUGCCAAAUGCAGAUGGAGAGAUUUCUGCGCUGCACAAGGAAUGGGAUGAUGCUCGAUGUCCAAUUUGCAUGGACCAUCCCCACAAUGCUGUCCUUUUGCUCUGCAGCUCUCAUGACAAAGGAUGCAGAUCCUACAUAUGUGAUACGAGCUAUAGACACUCAAACUGCCUAGAUAGGUUCAAAAAAAUGAAACUGGACCACAUGGACAGUUCGUCACAGCCAAGCUCUUCCUUUCCCAGAGAUCCGAGUAACCGAAAUGUUGCACAGAUAUCUCGUGUUGGUCUCAAUAGAGAGAGUCCCAGGCUAUUAAUAGAUAUACCUGACCGGGGAGAUCUUGGUCAUCAGCAUGUCAUUCAUAGCUCUGCAGCCAUAGCUGGACAACAAGAAGAAACAAAUUUUAUUCAAGAUACAGAUUUAACAUUGGUAGCUCAGGAGGGAGAAGGAAGUCGGCUUGUGGAGUCAGGUGAGGCGGCCAACUUGAACCAAUUGAUGUGCCCUGUGUGUAGGGGUACUGUGGAGGGCUGGGAGAUCAUAAAAGAUGCCAGGCAAUAUUUGGAUGAGAAACCAAGAGCUUGCUCGCGGGAAGCAUGCACAUUUUCUGGUAACUACAGUGCGCUCCGUAGACAUGCAAGGAGGGUCCACCCCACAACAAGGCCUGCUGAUGUGGACCCAUCAAGACGCCGUGCGUGGCACCGCCUGGAGCACCAGCGCGAGUAUGGUGACAUACUGAGUGCAAUCAGGUCUGCUAUGCCUGGGGCAGUUGUGCUUGGAGAUUAUGUUAUUGAAGGUGGUGAUAUGUCUUCUCACGAUCGUGAAGGCAGUGGACCAAAUCAACCAAGUGGGUCUUUGUUGACAACGUUCUUUUUAUUCCAUAUGAUGAGCACUACUCCAAUGAGAUCAGGAGAUGAGCCAAGAGGCUCAUCAAGGGGCUUGAGAAGGCAGAGGCGUCGUUAUCUGUGGGGAGAAAACUUAUUAGGUCUCCAGUAUGACGACGACGAUGACGAGGAGGGGGACGAUAACUUAGCUGAAGAGGUUCAGAGGCCAAGGAGUCACAGGAGGUUUGUAAGGUCAAGGUCGGAGGAGCGGCACUGAUGCAAAAGCAACCAUGGUAAUUGCAUUCUUCACCUGUAGUGAAGUUUACCCAUGAAUUAGCAAUGACUCCUCGUGAUCUUUGCACUGCCAGUUGAGUCAACGCGGGUGAUGUGCUGCUUCGACUUGUUGAAGCGUUGCACGGAUCUCUGAGACUUGAAGAUUCAAGUCAACAGUGCUGCAGAUUGAAGUUUGGAUGGUUGAACCAUGUUCGACUCCAUUGUAUUCGCAAGUCCUCCUGUAGUGAUGUGGAGAUGAACAGAAAUGAGCAUCCUCAGGACAUGUUGCAACGCCGCCUCGCUGUCGUAACCUGAGCUGCUCAUGAUGCACCUUGCAUUGUUUUCUCGCCGCGUUACCUACUAUCAUGCAAUUUUUGUAUAUAGAUUAUAGACUAUUGGAAGAUACAGUUUACUGAAUUUAUGCAUGUACUGCUGCACUUGAUUUCUUUGUUCAAUUGAAGCAUGUAACAAUCGCAUGUUCCCAGAUGAUUGUGUGUGCUCUGUUUGAAAUUACCAGACACUAGUGUCGGUGUUACAAUCCUUACAAUGGUAGGAGUUGUCGACUGAUUAUUCGCUAAUCAGUUGUCGACUGAUUACCAGACACUAGUUCAUAUGGUAACUAUGCACACUGGUACCAUUUUCCAUGUAUAAGUGGAAUGUAUUCCAUGA